CCAGCGAGAAGAAGGUGUUUCAGACUCAGUAUGGCAGACGGUAAGACGCCGCUGAUACAGGGUGAGGAGACGGCACCUACAGCCCCUCCUCCAGCCUACAGUGAUAUUGCACCGCCACCUCCUCCUCCGGGCAUGGCUCAGCAGAACCAAUAUGGCGGCCAGUAUACACCGCCAGAGGGCGCUGUUUCUUAUGGGGCUAUCCCGCAAGGUCCUACAACAGUCAUUCUCUCUCCCCCUCCCACCAAUGCUGCGUCUCCGGUCCACAUUCAGUGCACCAACUGUGGGGAGCAAAUCUUCACCAAGUUAACAUACGUCACUGGGACGACAACCUACCUGGCCUGUAUGGCCAUUUGUGCUUUGGGGGGCUUUCUCGGCUGUUGUUUCAUCCCGUUCUGUGUGGACAGCCUGAAGGACGUCCGUCACAUCUGUCCCAGCUGUGGGGCUCACCUGGGAACCUUCCGGAAAAUAUAACAGAAAAAUAUCGAUCUCUCAUGUCAGACGAGUCACGGACUUUGACGUACGGAAACCACAUGUAAACGAGACGAUUUCAACUAGCUAACUAGCAACCCAAACAAGCUGUUUAUCAAUUAAGGUUAAGCCAUAAAUAAUACCGGAUGAGGAUUUGCUGUAAAUACUACCUGAAAAUGUACAAAUGUACAAAGUUGAACAGAGGAAAAUAUUGUUUUCGUAUUGACUUCCAAUCGUGCUCAAUAAUAGUUUUUGAAGAAUUUCAAGCUUUUAAUGUAUAACAUUUCGACAAAUAUAUCCAUCUCAAUAAGUAAUUAAAACCAUGAGGCGACUCAAAAGUGUAGUUAUUGAAUUCUUAUGAAAGCCAUAAUCAUGUAACUAAUGUGAUAUCAUGACUAAGUCCUUCAUGUUAUGAUACGAACUUAACCCUACACACUUUUUAUGUGGAUUUCUCAUACAUACAAUUCUUAAAACCAAAAGUGUCGGCUAUGGAGUAAUGAAUACGAAACUGGGAUGAUUAAUAAUCUUCAUAAAUAUACAUACGCUACCUGGCUAAAACAAUAUAUCUGUAUGAUUUCUCAGGCGAUGGCUGUUCAGAGACUAGCACAUCACACGAAAACAGCUCAAAGGUUCUGUUUGUUCUGUUCAUUGCGAUGUACAUAGGAUCGACCACUUAACGCAGGGGGCAGCGCCUG